AUUAGAACUCAUCCCCAAAAUCCAGAAAUUCGCCUUCAGUAACAUCCACUGUAGGCUCUCUGCCUGCAGCGCUAUCGAAGGUUUAUUCGAUCAUCAAUAAUGCAGUCGCUACUCUCGCCGGUCGGUCGCGGCGGUCCAUUCCCGGUCGCCGCAGUUUAUACAUCAGAGUUACACCUCAGCUGUUUCAAUCGUCGACCUUUCUCUGUCCGAUACGCAUCCAAUCUCAAAUCUCCUCCUAAUUCCCUCCCUUCAUUUAGUGCAAUUCGACCUCCUUCUUCUUUUUCGUUGUUGCUUUUGAAGAAUUUUGGUACUCUGGAGCACAGAAGAGGACAGUUUUGCUCGGAUACGUGCGCUUCUUCUAGUCCCAUUUCGCCGACGGUUCCCCCAAACGAUGAGGCUGAAAAGGCAAAACUGGCUCAGGUGGCAAAGAGAUUAGAGAAGACAUCGAGGUAUUUCAAGAGGUUGGGUAAUCUCGGAUUUUGGGGACAGUUGGUGUGCACGAUUGUCGCUGCUGUUAUUCUUUCAUUCUCUGUUGUCGUCACCGGGAAAAUUACAUCACCUGCCACUUUUUAUGCUACUGCUGGUGGUAUUGUGGCAGCUUUCAUUUCUGUAUUUUGGUCCUUCGGGUACAUUCGGCUUUCUGAUAAACUUCAACGGACUGCAAAUCAACCCUCCAAGGCUCCUCCCCGAGCCGAUGUCGUGAAUAGCUUGAAAAAUGGAAUAGUAGUGAACCUACUGGGCAUGGGUGCUGCCAUUCUGGGGAUGCAAGCGACCGUAGGAUUGUUAGUUGCUAAGGCUCUUACUUCCUCAGCAAUUCCAUAUUACCAGGGAGCCUCCCCUGGAAAUAGCCCUGUUCUUGCUUUGGAUGUAUUCUUAGUACAGGCUUCUGCAAACACUAUUCUCUCUCAUUUCCUGGGGCUCGUUUUCUCGUUGGAGCUACUGCGCUCGGUGACAUUGCCUGCUACUGAGAGUAUUCCUAUACCCCGAAUAGCAUAAUCUCCACCGUCGCCCUUCUAGUUGGUUAGAUUCGACAUCAGAGGCGACACGAUAUGAAUUGAUCACGCUUUCAGUGUCCAUUUUCAAGUAUCGUUUGUAUUUUUGUUGCGAGCGCCGCCGUUGGUAGGGAACUUGAAUAGUUGCAGAGGUCCUUGAAGGUGUUUUCUGCGGAUAGCUUCAAUUGUAUUAGAAGACUGUAUCGGCCAUGUCAAACUCUACUAUCAAAAUGUAGAUUCAAAUAUGGUUCUUUGAGUUUUAAUCUCUCUUCCAUUUUAAUA